CCCGCCGUUUUCUGAUCUACCGUCUCCAAGGUCAUUCAAGAUGGUGACCUACUCUAUCGAUGGUGCCAUGGCUGAGGCCUUGGGCCAUCUCAACCGCAUCGCCUGCCAUUUCCGCAACCAUGGACAACACAAAUCGGCGAAUGAGCUGGGAAAGCUGAGUAUCAUGAUCGUCAAUGCCUUUAGCGAGGGUGUUGACAACAUUCCUGCGACUGAAUAUGUCCUGGAGGAAGUGAAACAGGCCGCUGCCGCCCUCAUGAACGAGGUUGAUAAGGAGAACCAGGGAGAGUUCAGCUACCAGAGCCGUGCCCUUAAGAAGCUCCAGCCGCACGAUGGCCACUUCUCUCAGACUGGAAGCUGGGCUCAGAUUGCUGGCUCUUUGUCCAACAACCAAACCAAUACUCACGAGCCCUCUCAGUAUAUUUCUCCUCCCGUUUCGAUGACGGCACUUUCCGCCUCGAAAUAUAGCCAGAGUGAUGACGAGGGCGAAUUGCCUGGACUGUCUGCAACUGGACUCACGUCCGCUUUGUCACCGGAGAUCCCGGAGACCAAAGCGGCUGUCCUGCGUGUCAGCGGACGUAUGAACAAGGAUAUUAUUCACUAUAUCACCACCCGAAUCCACGAGGGGCCUCUGCAAGACAUCAAAAUCGAGGCCAAUGGAAGGGCUCGGGUCACCUUCCAGCACGCGUCUCACGGUGUCAUGUUCCUGAACUCGCACAAGGAGAUGGAAGCGCUGCUCGGUUUUGGACGUCUUGGACCGGGAGUCAGUGUUGAGCUCCUUGAGAUUGUCGAGUGGAACGAAGACCACCGUCGAAUGAACCAGCCGGUCCGUGAGCGUCGGCGUCUCUCUUUCGCGCGAAAGAGACUCUUUGCGGAGAACAUGUCGCCCGAGAAAUGGAAGCAAGACGUUCGUACCUUGGCUGGACCUGGCAACAUUGAUUUUCUUUGGGUGUUCAAUUCUGGUAACGCGACGGCGGUCUUUACCAGCACCUGUGUUGCUCGCAAGGUUUUGGACGUGUUCAAUAAAUGGAAGACCGGCCGCAACGUGUACAACGGAGUCUCGGUGACGUUCUCAUCGGACCCUUGCGAGAAAGAGUUGGUCUUGGUAAAGGAAACUAGCCGUCCUUCGUACGCCAAGAACUUCGUCAAAAGGGCCAUGCGUGAAGCAGGGCGGUAAUUACAGACCGCUGUACUCUGGUGGUCUUGUCAAUGCAGCCAAGGAGCGAUAUUUUAUACGGGAAGGG